CGGAGCAUAGGCUUCCACAGGCAGUUCCUAGACACGUCACUUCCCAUCCGUGACAUGGAGUACAAGAGUUCGGCGAGGAGCUUGCGGUCCUUGUCGCACGAGGAGAGAGAGUACAAGACCAAUGCCAACCUGCCUGUUGGAGGUAAGUCAUAUCCGGAGCAUAGGCUUCCACAGGCAGUUCCUAGACACGUCACUUCCCAUCCGUGACAUGGAGUACAAGAGUUCGGCGAGGAGCCUGCGGUCCUUGUCGCACGAGGAGAGAGAGUACAAGACCAAUGCCAACCUGCCUGUUGGAGAAACAGGCGGAAAUAUCCUUGGAGCCAGCGAGUGGAACACCGGGUACUCCUCCACUGCCUCCGUGUACCCAGCCUACGGGGCGCUACAGCCUACUUACUACAAGCCCGAUCCAGCGAUACAUAUACCCGCAGUUCUACCAGACAUCCCCCUACCUCAUAGCGACUACGGUGGCUUCCAGACAAGCAGCUCCGGUUUCGUAAAAGGAAGCCCGAGCGGAGCGGGCGCUCUAACCGAGCUCAACCCCACCACCUCGCAGCGCUACGACCCCAACUACUACAACUCCUGGCCCGCCAACAACUACAACUUCAACAAUUACCAAUACAAUAAUAUAAACAACAACCCAUCCUGUCUACAGUCGCACACACCCUAUAUAAACUCCAACCCUCAAAUGCUCCUACCCAACCUCUAUUCAACAGUAAAUCAGAACCAAAUACACGUGCACUUACACAGUGCAGCCGAUAAGCAUAACUUAGAACAGUAUACAAUACCCACAGACAUCAAAAUUAGUGAUAUAGAUGGUGGUAUUUCUAUAACUGCGGAGCUACAGGGCAGUGAAGCCAGCGGGCUAGUUCCAAAUUGUGAAAGCAACGACGAAGUGAAACACGGGCUUUAUGGCGGUGGCAAUCAGGACCAAGUGUGGCGACCCUAUUGACGUUUCGUCAGUACUAAAGACAAUUUUAAUGUUGUACAUAUUGUGAUUUAAUUCAUGUCCAAUUGUUAAGAGGUGACCCUAAUUGAGCAGUUCUGUUGGCAUCGGU